CAACCCAAUCGACGCGCCAGACACUCUCCCACUCAUUCGCCAAUUGUUACCACUAUUGCUUCGUCACUUCACGUCUUCCAGGUCAUGCUGCAUUUCCUUCAUUGUUGCGGUGUCGGGUGACCUUGGGAUUUCCACGCUUUCAUCGUCCUCCUUCCUCAGCGGUUCAACGUGUCCUCUGACGAUAGACCCGUCCACUCCUUUUGACCUUUGUCUUCAUUUUGUGAAAGCGACCGUCUUCUCUGCCUGGAGCAGGACGACAAUUUCAGAGCGAAGGGCAGUACAUUGUCAAAGAUUGGAGACUUCACACCCACUCUCAAGACUGAAAAGAUUCCUCUGCACCAGGAGCGCAGUAUGGGUAUCGAACGCGCGGGCAACCAGCCCAGGUUCAUGGGAGCAUCAUUACGGAGUUUAUGUUUGAGCACUGUAGGAGAAUUGGAAAACAUGCCGCGGGGUGGACAAUGCUGACACUGCCUCGCAGUUGACGAUGCAGUUUUCUGUUUUUAUCCUACUUCUUCACUAUUCUCGAGUCAUGCCGACUCCGGAUGGGCAUCGUUAUCUUCCCUCGACGGCCGUCUUCCUCGUCGAACUACUGAAACUGGUCUUUUGUCUUACCGUGUCACUCUACGAGAUCUCACUUUCCGUCCCUCAGACCACGACAGCAACGACCCUCUUGCGAACACUUGGUAAUGCCAUUUUUGGAGGCGAUUCUUGGAAGCUUGCGAUUCCAGCAAGCCUGUACACGUUGGCAAAUAGCCUACAGUAUGUUGGGAUUUCUAAUCUGGACGCUGCCACAUUCCACGUCACAUAUCAAUUCAAAAUCUUUGUCACAGCGGUCUUUAGCGUCAUGAUCCUGCGAAAGUCUCUGUCGGGCAGGCAAUGGGUGUCCCUUAUUCUCUUGAUGAUUGGGGUGGGAAUAGUUUCAUGGCCGCAAGAAUCAACAACUUCACUGGCCUCAAAUCACCAUGCUCGAGUCUAUGUACCGAGGUCUUCGAACCCACUGCGAGAGCAUUUCAAAAUUGCAGGUCACGGUUCCCACCUCAACAAAAGAUCUGCCACAUACGAGGGUAUUGAGGAAGAUGAGCUCGCUCUUAAUACACCAGGGAUGGACGCCUCGGCAGGACUACUUGCUGUCCUCGGCGUAUGCAUCACUUCAGGCCUUGCUGGCGUGUAUUUUGAAAAGAUCAUGAAAGAGUCCCCAAAGGCCACCUCUAUUUGGAUCCGCAAUGUCCAGCUGUCCAUUUACUCUCUUUUCCCAGCGUUCUUCAUUGGCAUCAUUUUUCUGGAUGGCGAAACCGUCGCCAAAUAUGGAUUCUUCGCCGGCUACAAUUCGGUUGUUGUUGCUUCGAUCCUCAUACAAACAAUCGGCGCAGUCCUGGCGGCUUUUGCAAUCUUUUACGCCGACAAUAUUGCUAAAAACUUCGCUUUGAGCAUUAGCAUGGUCCUCAGCAGUUUAGCGAGUUUUGUCUUCUUUGAUAACUCCUUGACGAGCCAUUUUCUAUUGGGGGCUUCCAUCGUUCUCGUAUCCACUAUCAUAUACAACACAGAGGAAUCUCGCAUUCAGUAUGCGCCGCCGCCGUCGAUCAAGAUCUACAGCGACGAGAAAUCGGUGCAGGGUGAAGUGCUGGACAUGAAUGAUAUGUCCAUUCAGAUACCAAAAACACCCCUCAGCCAAGAAGAAACCGCCAUGGCGACGUCACGUCCAGGUUCUCCUAAUCAUAAGAAGCGCAAGAAUGAGUCUGCUGGUUAUUUCCCAAAGUACGACGAUUGAAACAUGUCUAGCAUGACAAUGACCUGACGAGCGAGGAGGGAAUUUAGUAUACCCAUUGAUGCCCUAUACUGAUGCUGAACGGCACUUGAGGAGGCUGCAUUGAUACUGAACGUUAUACCAAGUACUACAGGAACACAAUCCUCACAAACAUCAGACGGCAGGUCUCAGUCUCGGUGUCACGUGCUGUACUUAAAGUAUGGGGCUUCGUGCCUGCCAUGAACAAUUGACCUGCGCCUUGCCCUUCUAUAUUCUGCUCACACCCCUCAGAGCCCAUCUUAUUUGUUUUCUGUCUGCUGCAAUACACACUUUAGCCAGCGCACAAAGUCUGGCAACAGACAAAUUAAUCAGACUCAUGAAUUCCACAAGACAAACGCAGGCCACUUACAACCCCCCUUCCUUUGGUGCCCAUCGCCGCAAUCUUGCUUCACGUUCACG